GUGAACCUGGGGAUUCGUGUGAACUCUGAAAAGUAAUUGGUCGCCAUAUAUAUAUGUAUAAAAUCUCCGGUCCCUCCUGAUUGGCUUUCCCCUCCCUUUCUAUCAGUAUCUCAAGAAAAACCCUAGAAUUCCAGUCCCCAAUUCAGCAUUCAGUAAAAAAUGGGCUCCGAAGGAUCAAGUGUUGUUGUGCCUAGGAAUUUCAGAUUACUGGAAGAGCUUGAGAGAGGAGAGAAGGGGAUUGGAGAUGGAACUGUCAGCUAUGGAAUGGAUGAUGCUGAUGACAUUUACAUGCAGUCGUGGACAGGAACAAUAAUUGGACCCCCAAAUACUGUUCAUGAAGGUCGUAUCUACCAGUUGAAAUUGUUUUGUGGAAAGGAUUAUCCAGAUAAUCCACCAAGCAUAAGGUUCCAAACCCGGAUAAACAUGACUUGUGUCAAUCCUGAAACUGGAGUGGUUGAACCUAGUCUUUUCCCUAUGCUUGCUAAAUGGCGGAGGGAGUGUACAAUGGAGGACAUAUUGACUCAAUUGAAAAAAGAAAUGAUGUCACCACAAAACCGGAAGCUUGCUCAGCCUCCUGAAGGAAAUGAAGAAGCAAGGAUGGAUCAAAAAGGGCUCGUGCUAAAAUGCUGUAUUCUCUAAGUUACACGAAAGUUUGUGCCAAGAGCAAAUUGUAUAUAGAAGAUAUAGGCUAUUUGCUCCUACGGGGUUCAGUUCCAUGGAUAUAUUAUCUUGUGUAUGAGAAAAAUGACCGUGGUUUGUGGUGGCUAAAUAAGUUAGAACUCCAUGGAUUGUUAACGAUAACACUUUUUAACAUGUGAAUUAUCUUCUGCCAAUGUUAAUACCUGCCAAUGCUAUGCUUAUUUUCUUUA